AUGAGGAACGACCUCGGGACGAUCGAGAGGGCAGAGACACCAGAGAUACCAGAGAUACCAGAGAUAUCAGAGAAACUAAGGAGACUAAGGACCCCCGAGAUGCUCUACCACGGGAUGUCCCAACUGGGCCAGCCUCCUCUCGUGUUCAGCGAAACGAUCAGAGACAACGUCAAGAACCACGUCAGCGCCCAGAACCGACUACUCCUCCCAGAGGACCUCGCAAGCUCAGAUUCUGUUUUCUUCCGGAAGCCAGGAAACGAAUCUGUGAUCGGAUCCGGUACCUACGGCAAGGUGUUCAAAGCCGUUCACGUCUACACCAAGAACUUGGUUGCUCUGAAGCGGAUACGUAUGGAGGGCGAGCGCGAUGGUUUUCCUGUCACAGCGGUCCGGGAAAUCAAGCUUCUCCAGUCUCUGCGGCAUAUCAACAUCGUCAACCUACAAGAGGUCAUGGUAGAGAAAAACGACUGCUUUAUGGUUUUCGAGUAUAUGUCACACGAUCUGACCGGUAUUCUUAACCAUCCGACUUUCAAACUGGAUGCAGCUCAAAGGAAGCACCUUGCGAUGCAACUUUUCGAGGGACUGGACUAUCUUCACAAAAGAGGAGUCCUACAUCGAGAUAUUAAAGCUGCCAACAUACUUGUCAGCAGUGACGGUAUCUUGAAAUUGGCAGACUUUGGUCUUGCUCGCUUCUAUGCCAAACGCCAUCAACUUGAUUAUACAAAUCGAGUGAUUACUAUCUGGUAUCGAUCACCGGAACUACUACUCGGCGAAACACAGUAUGGUCCUGGUGUGGACAUUUGGAGUGCAGCUUGUGUCAUGGUUGAAAUCUUUACACGGCAUGCCAUAUUUCCCGGCGACGGGGGUGAGAUCAGCCAAUUAGACAAGAUCUACGCAGUCCUCGGCACCCCGAACAAGGCAGAAUGGCCGGGCCUGGUCGAUAUGCCGUGGUUCGAACUCUUGAGACCUGGAUACAGAAAAUCGAAUGUAUUCGCAGAAAAGUAUAAGGAGAAACUGCCUGCAGCUGCCUUUGAGCUACUAGCUGCCAUGUUCCAGUAUGACCCUGCGAAGCGACCCUCGGCCACAGAGGUUUUGGAGCAUCCCUACUUCACUACGGAGGGACCCUCUCCGCGACAAGCAGUAGAGCUUCAAAGUCUUGAUGGUGACUGGCACGAGUUUGAGUCCAAGGCUCUUCGCCGUGAAAACGAAAAGAAGGAGAGGGAGGCCAGGAGAGCGGCCAAGGAAGGCCCCUCUCGCGACAAAGAAAAGAAGCGUCCGAACGACGCGAAUGACUCUCAUCGAGAGCAUAAACGGCCCCAUGUGGACAAAACUUCACAGGCUGAUCGAACGUCGGGUACAACUACAGGACCCCCUCCGACAUCUGGAUCACAAGCAAGCAAGGCUUAG